GUGGUCCGCUCGCUAACCUGUCCGACCGGAAACACGGCCGCCUAGCGAACGCGGUACCUCAAUAGAUGAGGCGUCGCAUUGCUAAAGCUUAAUUAUCGUUACUCUGUUUACACAAUUUACGUCGCUGAAAUUUUAGACUUUUGAACUAAUAGUGAAGACGGAAUGAGACGCUCCAGUUUUUAGAACUACCAAUUUUUUAAAGUCAUGUCUUUCCAUCAGGACCGUGGGAGCCCCAGGGGGAGUGCGCCUCCAGGGCAGCACGGCACCCCUCAGAACUACCGACCCACCAACAUGAGGCCGCCGCCCCCCAGGCCUCCCGUUUCCCAGUACCACUACGACCCUCAGGCUCCUCCCGGUUCCAGCUACCAUGGAAACAGCGGCUACAUGCCUCCGCACACCGACUUCAUGCACUACCCUCCACCCGCGCCGUCCCCGACUCCAAGCUCCCUCAACCAGUGCCCGGUGCGCCCGCCCUUCCCCAACCCCCCCGUCAGGCAGGGCUUCCUGGAACCCCCGCCUAACUUCCCCCCUCCCCCCAUCCCCAGCUCCACGGGUGGUCCCACGCCAGGGUCCCAGGUGUCCGCUCAGAACGCUUACCACCCGUACAUGAUGCCGCCCGUGCCGCCGCCGCCGAUGCCACACCCAUCCAUGCCCCCCCCCAUGGCUUCACAGUCUAUGAGCUACCAGCCUCCGUACUCCAUGAACUACCCCCAUCCUCCUCACCCUCCUUUCCCUCCGCCCCCCUUCAGCCCUGGCUACAAUCAGAGCGCCGCCUCAUUCAAACAGGUCAACAGCUUCAGGCACGGGGGGCCAUACAAGUACGAGAAGCCCAUGGACAGCAGGAGGUCCCCGGAGAGAGGGUACCGCCACGAGGACCACCGGCAGAAGGGCUACGGCUACGGGGGCUCCGGUGACCGGCACAAAAUGGACUUCCCCGGAGAGAGGAAGGACCGCGGGCGGAGUCCGGACAAGCGCGGCAGGCCGGAGGGGGGGCGGUACAGGUCCGAGUACGACAGGGGCCGGGCGUCCCCCAGACACAGGAGCCGGGAUCGCAGCAGGGAGCGGUAUCGGCACCGAGAAACCCAGAGGUCCCAGUCGCCCGACCGGCACCGGAAGAGGCCUCGGAGUCGGUCCUCGAGCCGAGACAGGAAACGCGGUCGCUGGGAGGAGGAGAGGGACCGGAGGUCUGAGGGCUCCUCGGGCCUGAGCAGCAGAGAGCGCAGCUACUCCUCCGCCAGGAGCAGAGACUCCGAGGAGGCCCCCCCCGCCGACAGGGACAGGGAGCGGGAGAGGGAGAGGGGGGGCGACGAGAAGGAGGACCAGGAGCUGCUGAAGCCCGCCUGGAUCCGCUGCACUCAUGCUGAGAACUACUACUCCAAUGACCCCAUGGACCAAGUGGGAGACUCGACUGUGGUGGGGACGAGUAAACUGCGGGACCUGUACGAGCGCUUUGAGCAGGAGCUGGGGAGGAGACAGGAGAGAGCCAAGUCCAUCCGUCCCAUGUGGGACCCGCCCAAAACCAAACUGGAUGAGGAUCCAGGCGACAGCAGCAGCGAGUCGGACUGCGAGUCGGACGGCGAGGGGAGCUCCUGCUCCAGCAGCUCCGACUCCGACGUCUUCGACGUCAUCGCCGAGAUCAAGAGGAAGAAGGCUCACCCCGACCGGCUGCACGAGGAGCUGUGGUACAACGACCCGGGGCAGAUGAACGACGGCCCCUUGUGUAAGUGCAGCGCCAAGGCCAGACGGACGGGGAUCCGCCACAGCAUCUACCCGGGGGAGGAGCCGGUGAAACCGUGCCGUCCGAUGAACAACAACGCGGGGAAGCUGUUCCACUACCGGAUCACCGUGUCUCCGCCCACCAACUUCCUGACCGACAGGCCCACGGUGAUCGAGUACGACGACCACGAGUACCUUUUUGAAGGCUUCUCCCUCUUCUCCCACAAACCUCUCACCAACAUCCCAUUGUGCCGUGUGAUCCGCUUCAACAUAGAUUACACCAUCCACUUCAUAGAGGAGAUGACACCGGAGAACUACUGCGUCCAAGGCCUGGAGCUGUUUGCCUCCUACCUGUUCCAGGACGUGCUUGAGCUGUACGACUGGAACCUGACAGGUCCGGAGUUCGAGCCCUCCGGGUGCCAGCGGUUCCAUUUCAUGCCGCGAUUUGUCCGGUUCUUGCCCGAUGGCGGGAAGGAGGUGCUGUCCAUGCAUCAGGUGCUGCUCUACCUGCUGCGCAGCAGCAAGCCGCUGGUCCCCGAGGAGGAGAUCGCAGACAUGCUGCAGUGGGAGGAGCUCGAGUGGCAGAAAUACGCCGAGGAGUGCAAGGGCAUGAUCGUCACCAACCCGGGCAUGAAACCCAGCUCGGUGCGCAUCGACCAGCUGGACAGAGAGCAGUUCAACCCGGACGUCAUCACCUUCCCCAUCAUCGUUCACUUCGGGAUCCGCCCCGCUCAGCUCAGCUACGCUGGAGACCCUCAGUACCAGAAGCUGUGGAAGAGCUACGUGAAACUACGCCACCUGCUGGCCAACAGCCCCAAGGUCAAGCAGAUCGACAAGCAGAAGCUGACGCAGAGGGAGGAAGCGCUGCAGAAGAUCCGCCAGAAGAACACGAUGCGGCGCGAGGUGACGGUGGAGCUCAGCAGUCAGGGCUUCUGGAAGACCGGCAUCCGCUCCGACGUGUGCCAGCACGCCAUGAUGCUGCCUGUGCUCACCCAUCACAUCCGCUACCACCAGUGUCUGAUGCACCUGGAUAAGCUCAUCGGCUACGUCUUCAAGGAGCGCUGCCUCCUUCAGCUGGCCAUGACGCACCCCAGUCACCACCUGAACUUCGGCAUGAACCCCGACCACGCCCGGAACUCCCUCUCCAACUGUGGCAUCCGCCAGCCCAAGUACGGCGACAGGAAGGUCCACCACAUGUACAUGAGGAAGAAGGGGAUCAACACCUUGAUCAACAUCAUGUCUCGUCUGGGCCAGGAUGACCCCUCCCCCUCCAGGAUCAAUCACAACGAGAGACUGGAGUUCCUGGGUGAUGCCGUCGUUGAGUUCCUCACCAGUGUCCACCUGUACUACCUUUUCCCCGGUCUGGAGGAGGGCGGCCUGGCCACCUACCGGACCGCCAUCGUGCAGAACCAGCACCUCGCCAUGCUAGCCAAGAAACUGGAGCUGGAUCGCUUCAUGCUGUACGCUCACGGGCCGGACCUGUGCCGGGAAUCGGACCUGCGACACGCCAUGGCCAACUGCUUUGAGGCUCUUAUCGGUGCUGUGUAUCUGGAGGGGGGCUUGGACGAGUCCCGGCAGCUUUUCGGCAGACUGCUUUUCAAGACCGAGCAGCAGGCUGCGCUCUGA